AAUAUUUUUGUGGAUGACGUUUAGUCAUAGAAAUCUUUUAAGAUUGUUUAUCGUAUAACGUCUUGAUAACUACUUAAUGUUUGUAUGUUUCACGCAUUACGUUGAAAAAAUACUGGUAAAAUGGAAACCAUAUUUCACGAAAAGCAAGAAGGAUAUUUGUGUGCGCAACAUUGUUUAAAUGCACUUUUGCAAGGACCAUACUUUAAUGCAGUGGACUUAGCUAAUUUUGGUCACCAAAUGGAUGAAGAGGAAAGAAUAAGAAUGGCAGAGUCUGGUAUCGAUAGUGAAGAUUAUAAACUUUUUUUAGAACAACCAUCGGAAAAUAUGGAUGACAGUGGAUAUUUCUCAGUUCAAGUUAUUAGCAGUGCGUUAAAAGUUUGGGGAUUAGAAUUGGUCCCAUAUAACAGUUCAGAGUCAGCAUCUUUACUGGCACAAAAAGAUCCUUCACAGAUGAAAGCAUAUAUUUGUAACUACAAAGGUCAUUGGUUUACAAUUAGAAAAAUUGGAAAACAAUGGUUUAAUUUAAAUUCAAUGCUAAAUGGGCCACAACUUAUAUCAGACACUUAUCUUGCAAUGUAUUUAGCUCAAUUGAUGCAAGAAGGUUAUGCUAUUUUUAUUGUUAUUGGUACACUUCCUCAAUGUCCUGCAGAAGAUGUUCUUAUGAGAAAUCCGGUAGUGGCUGUAUCAAAAGGAAACACAAAAACUACUUUAAGAACAGAAAUAAAGGGUUAUCGCCUGGGUACUAAAGAAGAAGACGAACUUUUAAAAGCUGCCCUUGCUCUGGGAGAAGUUAAAGUACCAAUUGCUUCUGAUUCAACAAGAACACCUGCUUCUACAGGUUUAACUAAUAAUACAAUGUCGGCUACGUGUACCAGACAUGUAUGUAACAGACAUGUACCAGAAAAUUUGGAGUUGCAAGGGGCGCUCCAAUUAAAUUUAGAAAAUAAUACAAACGAUGAUAUCGAUGAGUCUCUUAAAUUGAGAUUAGACCUUUAUAAUGAUAAUAAAACAGCUCAUAUAACAAAUGUAACGGACGAUGUAGAUGAAGAUGACGAUUUAAGAAAAGCUCUUCAACUAAGUUUAGAAUGUGUCACAGCUCCGCAAACGCCAGAUCCUGAGGAUUUGCGUUGGCGUCGAUUAAAUCAUUUUGGUAUAUACUCAAGGGCAUCAAGUACAGAAACAUCCCAAAAACUAAAUACUUAAUAAUAUG